GGCAGGACGUUGUGUUUUUAUUUAAAAAAUUAAUGAUAACAUAAAUAAGAAUGAAUUAUAUCAAUAUUUUAGUGUUUAAUAAAUACCAUAAACUGAAUAGUGCUAAAACAUAAACUCAAAUGAAGUACAUAGUUAAGAAAUAAACGUUCUAAUAGGAACUUCACAAUGGAAGAAGAGCUCAGGUGUUAUCUUUGCAAAGAAUUCUACAGAGAACCAGUAUUAUUGCCGUGCGGACAUGCAUUAUGUCGUAUCUGUGCUGUAACCCUUCAAACUCAUGUGCCUGAAGCAGAAAAUUCCGGUUCAAAUGAUUAUCAAGAAGCAGACAAAGCUUCUGUGUCUAGCGAGACUGACAGCGGUGUAGUAUGUGGAUCAAGGCCUAACAGUUACGCAGGAACGCCCGCCGCACUAGCAUGUCCAUCCGUAGCAUUUAGUCUGUCGUGUCCAGUUUGCAACAAGCAAGUGUACUUAGACGAAAAUGGAGCUGAAGGUCUUCCUCCCUUCCGGGUUAUGCGGACGAUUGUGGAACGUUUCGGGGGCGUCAGUGGUGCUCCUCCAGCCGAAGAGGCCUGUCAGAUGUGCGAAGGGGAGCGACGCGCGGCUGUGGUGCGCUGCGAGCAGUGUUCAGUGAGGUAUUGCGGAGGUUGCCGAGAUGCCUGGCACCCCACUCGUGGCCCCUUAGCGCAACAUGAGCUCCGGACGCUAGGAACGACCUGUGCAGACCAUGGUUCGACUCCAGCACUAUUUUGCAACACCUGUCUGGUCCCUAUCUGCCAGCAAUGCCUUGCUGAGAAACACAAUUCACAUGAAACACAGCAACUGUCUAGUGCAGCUAGAGCUCAUAAGACUGAAUUGUCACAAUCACUGCAGCAACUAUCUGAACAGGCAAAAGCAAUGACAGAAUAUAUACAACUAGUCAAAGGAUCAGGAGACAAAAUUAAUGAGUCAUGUGAAGAAUUGGAGAGACAGAUUGAUCAAGCAUGUGCAGAAGUAACUCACGCAGUACAGAGAAGACGUGAUGAAUUAAUCCGAUCGGCGAGAAAUACAAGAUCUCAAGCCGUGAGCAACAUGCGCACACUGACAUCACAGGCAGCUCAAAAGUUAAGAGAAGCUACAGCGCUACUGCAUUUCUCUAUAGAAACUCUUAAAGAAUCUGAUCCUGCAGCUUUUUUACAGGUGGGUAACAUCCUGUCGGCGCGUGCACAAGAGACCGCGUCUACAAUAUGUUCGUCUCUGGACCCGCCGCCCGCGCCUCCCGCUCUCACCCUCGACAUAGAACCAGUCCUUCGCACAGUGAAUACUAUGAACUUUGUUGAAUGCAUACCUCCGGGUGCCCCCGAGAUGGCAGUGGAAGCAUGCGCGGCGCGCGGAUGCUCGUGCACGCUCGCGUGGCGACCUCCCGCUGCGCCGGCCGCUGUACGUGGAUACGUACUCGAGCUGGACGACGGCCUUGGGGGACCUUUCCGAGAAGUAUACUGUGGAAGAGAAACAGUUUGCACUAUAGACGGUUUGCACUACGCGUCGUUGUACAGCGCUCGCGUAAAAGCCUUCAAUGGAGCAGGGGAAGGACCGUACAGUGAAGUCAUCGGCCUACAAACAUCACCAGUGGCGUGGUUCACCUGGGACACUCGCUGCGCAAUAGGCGAGGGUGCAUUAUCGUUAGACGCAGCGGGCUUAACAGCUCGCGCUGGAGGCUGGCAGCCGCGGGUGGCAUUGGCCGACCAGCCCUUGGCGCGCGGCUGCCACUACUGGCGCCUGCGCAUUGAUGACUAUGAUGGUGAUGCUGAUCCUGCUUUUGGAAUUGCUCGAGCUGAAGUUGCGAGGGAUAAGAUGCUGGGCAGCGACGCACUUGGCUGGGCGAUGUACAUCGACGCGUCGCGGUCGUGGUUCGUGCACGGCGGCGCGCACGGCGGCCGCGCGGCGGGCGGCAUCGCGCGCGGCGCCACCGUCGGGGUGCUGCUCGACCUCACACGCGGUACACUGAGAUUCACCGUUGACGGACAGCUCCAGGGUGACAUCGCAUUCACGGGUCUUCGUGGCGCUUUUUACCCGGCGGUUUCCCUGAACCGCGGCGUGGCUGUCACACUUCAGCCCGGCCUCACUCCGCCCCCAGAACUUCUAAUGCCACAUCUCUCUAUAGAAUAAACAUUAGCAAUAGUAAUAAAAAACUCGUUACUGUUAGAAAACGGGCCUUCGUCUGAGCCAAGCCAAGUAUUAUAAUAUUGUCCAAAACAUUACAGCCUCAAAACGCAUUGCAAAUUAAAAAUAAGACAAAAGAACAAAAGGUGCGCAACAUAGUAUUACGUUGCUAUUACUUAAGUCACAUAUCUCAUAACUUCGUUAACGUAAGUAUAUUAAAUUUAAGAAAGAUAUCUUGCCAUAAAUUAUGUGCAUAAGGAUACUAGUUAAGCGACAUUUGAAAAAAAAACCGCGAAAAAUUUACUUCUCAAGACAACUAAGAUUAAUUACUUGUAUAGUACCAAAGUACUUUAAUUUGGAACAUAUUUUUUAAGAAAACUAUACAAAGUGCACUUUAUUAAAUUUGGGCCUAUUACUUUCUAUGCAACGUAUUGUAUGUACGCUUUUCAGUUAAAAAUCGCUCAUUGGGCAUAAAAUGAUUUGUAUUCUCUUUUUCUCAAUAAUGUUUUAUUCACCACUUUUCGGUAUAAUUAUGUGUAUAUCUCUACAUUAUUACAUGACAGGUUUAAACGGCACGUUUUUAGAACUGCCUAAUAAGCUUAAGUAAUCAAAUAAGUUCAACUGAAGAAAUUAAUAUCACUGUUAUGAUUAAAAUUACUUUAAUGUAAUAUGAUAUGAUGAUAGACGUAGUUAAACUGAAUAUCACAGAUAUGUAUGAAUAUUUUUUGUGUGUGUAUUUCUAUAUAUAUGUAUGCUGCAGUUCGAUCUGGAAUCAUCUUCAAAAAAACAAUAACAUAAACAUGUAAGUAUUUUUUUGGAAUGUACUGUAGUACUUUUAAAUAAUUUUAUUAAUUUAUUUGUAUCUUGUAAAACUAGGGUACCUGAGACGAAACUAAUGAAUUCCAUCGCCCACCUUUUUGUACACAUGUAGAUAUCAACGAUGUCAGUAACGAGCGUGUACACAACGAAAUAAAUCAAAACACCUUUGCAUAUUUAUGAGCAGUUAACUAAAUACUAAUUACUUUGAGAAAUGACAGUCCACGACACUGCAAACGUUUUCGCUCACUCUUACUACAAAAUCAAAAGCUGUCGUUGUUUUUUUUUAUAAUUGCAUUUUGUACUUAAAAUACAAAUCACAAAUAUCGUAAAUAUAAAUUUUAUUGAUUGAAGGCAGCUACGUAAUUACAUAAGUGCAUUUUUUCAAUGAUUUAUUUGGAUUUUAGUUUACUUUCUAACUUACUUUUAUACAGGAUCAAGAGCGCAUCAAGCUGGACGCUUAAGAUUUAAAUUGAUCUCUACGCCGCUUACGAUAAGAACGGUCUAAAGUCCAAAGCGUCAACUUGUGGUGCUCUUGCCUCCAGCCACUUGAAUUGACUUUUGUUAUGACAUUAAAUUAAGACAUUUUACAAAAUAUUAUUUAUGAAACUAAAACUUGAUAGCUACUCUUUAUUUUCAAGACAUUUUUUUUUUUUCAAAUAGUAUUUAAACAAUAAUGACAUUUUAAGAAGUUAUGAAUUAAUAUUAAAAUUGGCUCAUUUAUAACAGACAUUAAGUCAACAAGUUAUUUAAUAUUUAUCGUUACGUGUUUGAAUUAGGCGUAACGGUUGGUGUGCUAAUUUUCUAAUGUACUUAAAUUAUAUUG